AACGAGGGAGAGCUUGCCUUCGGAGCUUGCAACCUCGGUAGAAACGCCAGGGAGAGAAGACUGUAGGUCCAGCCGACUGGGUGGGGUCGGAUCGGGAAGCCCGCACGCGGUAGGACCCCGAGUCCCGCCGGCGGCCGGCAGAGGGCGCUCCGGGCCCCGGCGGGGGCGGGGCUGCGCGGGCUUCCGCCGCGCAGGCGCGCUCGUCGCCUGCGGGUUCUCGAGUUGGCGUCCGCCGGGAAGGCGGGACUGGGGUUCACAGAUGGCCCCGCUUCUGGGGGCAGAGCUGGUCCAGACAUCACUGCAGCUGUACCGUUACUUGCUUCGUUGUUGCCGGCAGCUGCCAACCAAGGGCAUCCAGGAAUACUACAAGCAUGCUGUCAGGCAGAGUUUCCGGGUUCACUCAGAUGAAGACAACCCUGAGAGAAUCCAGCAGAUUAUUAAAAGAGCCAUUGAAGAUGCCGACUGGAUCAUGAACAAGUAUAAGAAUCAAAACUGAGAACCUAGAGUUCAGUGGGCGGCCAUCCUGGAGACGCGUGGAGCUGAGAAGCCUCUGCUGUUGGAACGAAGCAGCGGCAUCCGUUCUGGAAUAUUCUUUGACCUUGUUGGCUGAAAGCAAGAAACCAUAGCUGCCAUUUGGUCAGGUGGCUCUUAGUGCAGCCAUGUCUCCAGCAUCUUUCAUGUCUCCUCUUCCAGCCAGAAAUGAGAUGCAGUUUGGGGAGAACUUGGUGUUCUUUUGCCUCUUCUCUGUGUUUCUCAUUUUUGCCUAUCUGUUCUUUUACUUUGCUCUGAAGGCAAUUAAUUUAUUCUGGAGGUCUGUUUACCAUUCUCCGAGCCCCAGAAGAGAUGCCCCCGCAGAUGACCACCUGUACAGAAAAAAGAGAAUGGGUCUAAGAGCCAGGCAGCUGUGGAUCUGAAUCCCAGCCAGCGCACACAGCUUCUGUCAGGUGCCACCUGGGUGAGGUGACGGUGGUGUCCCUCACACUUGCUUCAUGCGCAGGGGCCUUGCAAGGAAGCUGCUGCUCCGCCCUCUGUUCAUUUGUCUUGUGCUGACUUAGAGCCCCGCCAGCCCUGCCAUCUGUACUGUGCUGUGUCCAGCAAUCUGCUGAGCUGCUGCUCCUCCAGACAUUCCCUCCCAGCAGGCUCCAAGCAGAAGCCCUGGCCCUUGAGGGCUAUCACAUGAGGCCAGGGCUCAUAGCCAGGGUAUACACCAGCAGGUCCGGGCUUCUGUGCUCCAUGGCGUGUCCUCACUGGCUCUCCCAGGCUUUGACCCUUGGGAUGAGGGGGAAGGAGAGCAGGUCUAGGGAGAAGCUGCCCGAGUGGGUGAAUCAGCCAGCAGAUACAGAGAAGCUGCACUGGGAGUUGACUGUUCCCUGGACACUCAGCCAGCAGGAUGGGCUAGUGCCUGUGGGUGUCCUUGCGGUCAUGUGAGUUGAAGUGACCUCUGUGUAUGCAGAGGUGCUUGACAAUAUGGAAGCAUGCGUGUCUGUGAACACUCGCAUUUUUCUUCCUCCUCUAUUGUUUACUUAUUACAGAUAGGAUCUCAUUAUGUAGCCCUGGCCGGCCUGAAUUUCUGAACUUUCAACAAUCUUCUUCCUGCCUCUGCCUCCCAAGCACUUAGGUUACAGGUGUACCAUGGCGCCCAGCUUAUUACUGUUCUUAAGUUUUACAUUCAUUCGUGUGUGUGUGUGUGUGUGUGUGUGUGUGUGUGUGUGUGUGAGAGAGAGAGAGAGAGAGAGAGAGAGAGAGAGCAAGCAUGCAUACCGUGAUAAAUGUAGAAGUCAGAGGACAAUUUGCAGGAGUCAGUUUACUUCUUCCUUUAUGUGGGUCCCAGAAGUUGACUUCGGGUCAUCAGGCUUGGUGGCAAAUGCCUUUAUCUGCUGAAUCAUCUUGAUGGCUCUUACUAUUUCUUCUUUAAAAAGAAGAUAUGUGUAUGUGUGUCUGUGUAAGUUUAUGUGUGCCAAGGUGUGCAGGUGCCCUCAGACGCCAGAGGACAUUGAGUUCCCUGGAACUGAAGUCACAGGCAGCUGUGAGCUGUGUAAUGUGGGUGCUGGGAACCAAACCUGGAUCUUCUGCAAGAGUGGUCAUCUCAGUGCUGAGCCAUCUCUCCAGCUCCCUGUUAGUCCUUCUUGACUGCUGUUCUCCGAUUGGGGAUUGCACCCUUGCUUUUGUCAAACACGCUGUCAAACAUUGCUAGGGAAUUGGGUGAGUCAGGCACCCGCUUGCCAGCAACUCAGAGAUGACCACAGUGGCCAAGGCCAGGUUUGCCCUUCCGGAUGAGGGCAAGGCAGAGGGGCAGAACAAUGUCACCUCCAUCCCCACUGCUAUUGGCCAACCCAUCUGAACCUAGAGAUCAGUCAUCAUCUUUUGGUGAUCAUGGGAGUAGAAUGGCCAUGUGCGACACCAUGCCUGGACUUAGGCAGAGCUUUUCAUUGUAAGGAAUGGGGCUGAGGAAAAGGAAAUAGCACUGACGUGGGGUCUUGGGGCUGCCACUCCCAGGAAGGGCAUGAGGGGUAUUGGGUCCCUUAGUUAUGAGGACAGUUUCAGCGGACCUUCCCGUGUAAGAUACAGGUCGAUGGCCAGGUUCUCCCUGAGACACAGGACGUAGGACAUCAUCCUGUGUGUAGUAGAGUGGCCCUUAUCAGACAGGCUUAUUUAUUGAUAGUGAGGGAGAAAAACUGAGUCCCCAUGAACGUGUCUCUAUUAUCCGUCCCCAAGAUGUCUUCUCCAGUCUUGUGUGUGUGUGCACACAGGUUUACAUGCAGGCACGUGCAUACAUGCGCAGGAGGACAGAGGCAGCUGUUGAGAGUCUGCCUCUGUCACUCAUCACUUCAUAUUUUGAGACAGGAUCUCUCACUGAACCCCAAGCUCAAUGAUUGGCUAGACUAGUUGGCUAGCAAAUUCCGGGGAUCCAGCUCAUGCCCCCCUUCUGCCACACACAGACACCACCCAGGUUUCAGGUUUGUGCCAGGGAGCCCAGCUUUUAUGUGGGCCCUGGAGGUCUGAGCUCAGGUCUUAAUGAUUGCACUGAGCCAUCUCCCCCAGCCCUUCCUCCUCAUUCUUAAGCAAGUGGUGGCGGGUGAAGGCCUGGCCUCUGGGCCAACUUCAGAGCUGCUUUGCAAUUGCUGGCCCCACCUGACAGGAGAAGAGCAGUGGCAUAGACUCUGUCUGUGGCGGUAGACAUCAGUUUGACUUGGAAAUGACGGUGUACAGAAGACUCCCUCCAGAAGCCCACUACAUAAGCCUAAGGCUAAAGUCAGUGAUGGCUGCCGAAGUUCUAGCAGCCAGGCACAUGGGAAGCAGCAUUUGGUGCAAGCCUUUCUAGAUGCCUUUUCUCAGACUGUGUCCCUUCUGCUUCUUUAAUAGGAACUUCUAAUCCUGGCUAUUGCCUAAGUGUGACAGGUGGAACUCAGGAGCGCACACACCCCUCUUUGUUCUGCUAAUAAGAAAUAAACAAUGCUUUCAGUUUUUGCUCCCACAUUGGCCAAGGCAUUUAGUGAGAGUUGGGGGAAGCCAGCUAGUGUAUCUCCUGUGUGUUUUGAGGGUUUUGGUUAAGGAUUUUAAUGUGAGCUCCCAGUAAACAAAACCACCCUACCAAGCAAGAGAUGGAAUUGGUUCCUGCAAGAAUUAGCUUCUAGAGGCUGGCAAGACGGUUCAGCAGGCAAAGGUACUGCUGUGCAGACCUGACACCCCGAGCUUGGUUCCCUGCUUCUUUGUCCUCUGGCCUCCACAUGCGACAUUCACACCGUGCACACACACAGUAAUAAUUAAAAACAACCAUAAUUGAAAGCAUACAUUAGGGGGCUGGAGCCAUGGCUUGUAGCUGAGAGCACCUGCUACUCUGGCAUUGACCAGAGUUAGAGCAACAUGGGGUGGCUCACAAUUGCCUGUGACUCUAGCUCCUGGGGGAAUCUUGUAUCUCUGACCCCUGCAGGCACCCCGCCCAUGUGCACAUCCCCACAUAGAUACACACAGCGUUCAAAAGUUCUCAAAAAUAAAGGAGUUACUUAAAUAGCA